AUGGCUCAGUAUGGCUCACAUUGCGUGCGCUGCCGUUUGCGCGAUUUCUCGUCAUGCUUCUCUCAUCGCGUCCCUUCUCCAACCUCCGAUUUCAUCCCCGUUUUGAGCAGCGGAUGCGUCUCAGCAUCGAAUUCCCCGGUGUAUCGCAAACGUGUGCAACUGAUGACCCUGGUUUCCUUUCUCGAACCUUUUAGCGGCAACGGACAUCUAACCCCUCUUGUUCUCACCCCUAACCCUAACCCUCUUGCCCUUGAACCCCUCUUGAUUUUGAAUCCCUCUUGCCUUUCCACCCCUCUUGCCCUUCCACCCCUCUUUCCUUCCACCCCUCUUGCCCUUCCACCCCUCUUUCCUUCCACCCCUCUUGCCCUUCGACCCUCUUUCCUUUCCACCCCACUUUCCCUUGCACCCCUCUCGCCCCCCUUGCACCCCUCUCGCCCCACUUGCACCCCUCUCGCCCCCUUUGCACCCCUCUCGCCCCCUUUGCACCCCUCUCGCCCCUUUUGGAACUGUCGCGGGCAGGUGGAGGACCUGCUGGCCAUGCAGAGCUGCAACCUGAUGUGCCUUCCGGAGAACUACCAGAUGAAGUACUACCUGUACCACAUCCUGUCGUGGCCACAGCUGCUCUACGUGGCGGAGGACUAUAACAAGAAGAUUGUUGGCUAUGUGCUCGCUAAGAUGGAGGAAGAGUCAACGGAGUGUCGCGGGCACAUCACAUCACUGGCCGUGUCUCGCACUCACCGCAAGCUGGGUCUCGCCACCAAGCUCAUGACGGCUGCCCAGCAUGCAAUGGAGGAGGUGUUUGGGGCCGAGUACGUGUCCCUGCAUGUGAGGAAGAGCAACCGGGCGGCUUUCCACCUCUACACCGAAACACUCGGUUACAAGAUCAACGACAUUGAGGCGAAGUACUAUGCUGAUAGCGAGGAUGCUUAUGACAUGCGCAAGAACCUCAAGCCCGCUGCUGAGAAGCCCAAGAAGGAGCUCAAGGGAGGAAAGGCCGCUUCUGAUGAUAAGGCAUCAUCUAAUAACGAGGAUGUGGCCAAGGAAGAUGCUGAGGCAGCUAGUAAAGGGGAUAGGGGCGGUGCAGAGGGGACUGGGAGGGCUGAUGAGUCGAAGGCUGGGGAGAAAAAGGAGGAAGGUUCUGAGAAGGCGGGUGAGAAGGAGGUGGCUGCGCCGGCAACACCAGUGAGGGAGAAGGAGAAAGGGGCGUCCCGAGGGGGUGGCAAGGGCGGAUCUGGGCGGCGGCGCAAGGGCGGCAAGGGCUAA